AGAGAUCUGUCCAUUACAAUUCGGCAGCAUUAAUUACACAAUAUGGAAGUGGCUAGUUUGUUCAACGUUAUACUCGGCAUCUCCAUUUUCCUCUUUGCAUUAGUUUUGAAACCCAUCCUACAAAAUCGUAAAACUCGAAGAAAUCUUCCACCCAGCCCUCCAUCCUUGCCUAUCAUAGGCCAUCUCCAUCUUCUAAAACAACCAGUUCAUCGAACUCUUCAGCAACUUUCACAGAUAUAUGGCCCCAUUCUGCUACUUCAAUUCGGAAAUCGUAAAGUCCUUGUAGUUUCCUCUGUAUCAGCAGUCGAGGAGUGUUUUACUAAAAAUGAUAUCAUCUUUGCCAACCGACCUCGAUUGCUUGCUGGAAAAUACAUCAAUUACAACUAUACUACCAUGGGAUUAGCACCCUAUGGUGAUUAUUGGCGUAACCUUAGGCGGCUCACCACCAUGGAGCUCUUCACCACAAGCCGACUCGCCGUGUCUGCUAGCAUACGGCAAGAGGAAAUUCAGUUAUUGCUAAAGGAACUAUUCCUGGCCUCGACCGAGAAACCGGCAAAGGUGAAACUUACAUCCAAGUUUAUAGAGGUUGGGUUCAAUAUGAUUUUGAGGAUGAUUGCUGGAAAGCGGUAUUACGGGAAAGAUGCAGUGGACAAAGAAGCAGAGGAGUUUCGAGACAUCAUGAGAGGGAUUGUGGAGAUCAAUGGAACCACAAAUUUGAAUGACUUUUUGCCUUUCCUGCGGUGGGUUGAUUUCCAAGGUCUGGAGAGGAAGAUGAAAAACUUCUCCAAGAAACUGGAUAAAUUCUUACAGUCCCUUCUUCAAGAGCAUAAAAGGAUGAGGGAUCAUUCAACCGACCGGUCUUUGGGUUCAUCUAAUGCAGUCAACAAAGGGACAAAAACAACUUUAAUCGAUGUCAUGCUAACUCUGCAACAAACCGAACCGGACUUCUAUACUGAUGGAACCAUAAAAGCAGUUAUCUUGGGAGUUCUAAUUGCUGGAACUGAAACCUCAUCGACAACCUUAGAAUGGGCUAUGUCACUUCUUCUCAAUCAUCCUGAAGUCAUGUAUAAAGCUUGGAAGGAAAUAGCAGCUAAAGUCGGACAAGACAAAUUCCUAGAUGAAACAGACUUGCCAAAGUUGAGUUAUCUACAAUCCAUAAUUUCUGAAACCAUGAGAUUAUUUCCACCAGUCCCGUUACUCGUACCACAUGAGUCAUCAGAAGAUUGUGUUGUUUGUGGUUAUGAUGUGCCGCGUGGAACAAUGUUAUUGGUCAACGCAUGGAGUAUUCACAGAGACCCUAAGCUUUGGGAAGACGCCACAAGAUUUAUGCCAGAGAGAUUUGAAGGCGGGGAAGAAGGUGAAGGGUACAAACUAGUUCCCUUCGGUGUGGGAAGACGGGCUUGUCCGGGGGCAAUUCUAGGUAGAAAAGCGAUUACACUCAUACUGGGUGCAUUAAUUCAAUCGUUUGAGUGGAAUAGGAUCGACAAGGAAGAUAUUGAUAUGAGAGAAGUGACCGGACUCACCAUGCCUAAAGCUGAGCCCUUGGUAGCUUUGUGCAGUCCCCGCCCAGACAUGAUCAACCUCCUCUCCACAAUAUGAGACAUUAGCAGAUGUAUCCUUUAUGCAUGUAAGAUCCAAUUUGAAAUGAAGUACCGAGAUAGGUAAAGACAAAUAGGUAAUGCAACCCUAAUGUUCUGUGAAUUUUCGCCCCUUUUAUGUAAUAAAAGUGAAGACUUUGUUUA